AUGGCUCCAGAAGGGGACGGUCAUUAUCACCCAAAGGAUGCCGUCUCGGCAGCCGUCACCGGGACCAUCGUGACUGGCAGCGCUGGUCUCUUUGUCUCGGCGAUCCAGAACUCGCUUCAGAAGCGUAAUGUCGGCGCCUGGGGUAUUUUCACCCGGACGGGAGGCACAAUUGCUACGUUUGCGGCCGUCGGUGGCGCCUACGAGUUCUCCCGAAAUGCCGCUGCCAACCUGCGGGAGAAGGAUGAUCACUACAACGCCGCCAUUGGCGGUUUCCUAGCGGGAUCAGUUCUCGGACUACGAACUGGACGAAUCCCCCCGAUGCUCGGCUGGGGUGCACUGACAGCCACGGUCCUGGCUGUGUACGAGUAUACUGGCGGCGCGCUGUCAGGAUCCACGAGAGAUAAGGAGGUUGAUGAAUUCGAGCGGAAAGAAUACCUCCGGAGGAACAGGAGACGGCCCCUGGAGGAGACAAUCGCUGACGUCGGGGAAGGACGAUCGAUAUAUCCGCCCGGCUACGAGGAGCGCAGGCGCGAGAGACUCAAGGAGAAGUACGGUGUCGACAUUAACCCCGUAUCUGUGGAUCCGAACGCAUAA